AUGACCAUCGCUACAAAUUUGUGUAUCUUGCACUUCAGUAUUCCGGACAGGGUAUACUCUACUGCCUCUACUCAAGACUCACCUUCCAUAGGAACGGUUGCAAAAAAUGGCACACAUGAAUGGACAUGCCAGCUCUCGAUCUUAGAAGAUAAAUCCACAGUCCGAGCAUCGCUUGCGCCCCUCACUCAUUCGGAAGCGAAGCGUACUGAGUUUCAACACUGCUGUAGUCUUCAAGUAGCCGCUCCUGAUGAGCUUCAUCCUGAUCCACGUCAUGUCCUACUGAGUCUGCGCAUUAAGAGCGACGACAUCUUUAAAGGAAUUGAAUUAUUUGUAUAUUCUUUGUUCUGCAAUAAGCUUGUGGGAAGAAACUGUAAUUUAACCGAUCCUGAAAUAGUUCAUUUGGAACGUAAGGAUGUCUGGUUGGACCAAAACUAUGAGUUCUACAUAAUCCUAUCUUCCUUUCCACUCAAGCUCCUAGGCCCACACAAUGCUGGCCACUGGACACACAGUUUAGCGUCCUCUGAAUUCGACCCCAUCGCUCGAAAUAUUGACCCUUUAGUAGAGAUGAUGACUCAGUUUGAAAAUCAUACAUCAACCUCGGAUGUCGAGUUCCGUUUCAUUUCUAAAGCUGGGCUAGUUCUCGACCGCAAGCGAGCACAUCACGCUGUUUUAUCCAUAUAUCCAUCACUUUCAGCGAAGCUGACACUUGCUCAGCACAAUCCCCACCAACGGCCUGCUACGACUGUCCUGACGGCACCUAUUAGCACAUGGGCCGUGUUUGAGAAGUUGAUAGGAUUCAUUUACUCUGGAAGAUUACCCUCAGAUGGAUAUGUACCUCGGAGUGAUCAAUGGAGGGUUACAUUUGAUCUGGGCAAGGAGUAUGGGUUAAACAAGUGCCCCAGCUCUACGCCUUGGGUGGAAUGGCACCUUAAUGAGCUCCAGCAAGUGAUCACAGACGAAAACGUACUUGAAGUGUACUUUGGAUGGGGAUUUGAGCAUCCCCCGGUUACUCAGAUGUGCGUGCACCAUGUGGUAGAGCGAUCACAGGUACGCUUCCAAGGGCUAGACCUAGGCUCGCAUGUAAUGAGGCUGCUCAAGAGCCAGUAUCGAGGCUGGCGUGGUUGCUAUGAAUUUGAGGAAGCCCUAGUGGUACUGACAAUGAAGAUGUAUGCUGACCAGCAGCAACACCAAAAGCAUGAUAGCUAUUUGAAGCAAUUGAUGGCUUAA